AUGUUGUUCUCUUCCUUAAAAUCAAUGUUAUGGGGGAUUUAAAAGGGGCACUAUCAAUUUGUUUUAAAAUUGGACUAACUAAUAUCUAUUCAAAAGGAUGAAGGCAUAGCCUAAACCAUGCCUAAGCAUUAAUCCUUUGUAUUCAUAUUGGAUAUAUUAGUUUCCACAAUUUAUUCCCAAGACUCCUUAUUGUCACCAUCAAAUCCAUAUUUAUUCUGGUCAUUUUAAUUUCAAUCAAGUUAUGCCUCUUUAUGUCAACCAUUAAAAAGAAAAAUCAAAUCCUAUUUACGGUGA